AUGCCACAAAUCCACCUUGGUGUUUACCUGACGUCGGGUAAUGAGACGACCAAAGCUACGAGAUGGGCUCUGGAGGCCGGCUACCUUGCUGUCGAUAGCGCUCAGAUGUACCAUAAUGAACGUCAAGUCGGAAAUGCCAUCACUGAAUUCCUGAAAUCGCCGAGCAACACCUCGAGCCUCAGCCGUGAGGACAUUCACUACACAUCCAAGCUGGCGAGCAACAGCGACUACAACACUGCCAGGAAGAGCAUCAAAAAGAGCGUUCAAGAGUGUGGCCUCGGAUACAUCGACCUCUUCCUCCUACACAGCCCGUACGGAGGCAAGAAGGCUCGUUUGGAGAGCUGGCGUGCUGUUGAAGACGCCAUCAUGGACGGCGAGAUCAAGAUUGGAGGUGUGAGCAACUACGGCGUGCAGCACCUGCAGGAGCUCCUCGACUCGAAGCCGCGCAUCCCUCCAGCGGUCAACCAGAUCGAGGUGCACCCGUUCAACACGCGCACCGACAUUACCUCUUUCUGCCAGAAGAACGAUAUCAUGGUUGAAGCAUAUGCUCCUCUGGCACGCGCUCUUCGUAUGAAGCAUCCUGUCAUUGUGGAGCUCAGCAAGAAGUACGAGUGUAACCCCGGCCAACUGUUGGUUCGCUGGUCGGUCCAACAUGGCUAUGUGCCAUUGCCCAAGAGUGUGAAGAAGGAGCGCAUUGCUCAGAACGGUGACAUUGGCGGGUUCGAGAUCUCGGCGGAGGAUAUGAAGAAGAUGGAUGCGCUAGACGAGUAUCUGGUGACAGACUGGGAUCCUACCGAUGCCCCGUAA